UCCCCUUCCUCCUCCUCUCCCUCUCACCUCCUCCAGCACCAUCGACUGUUCAUCCAUCCCCAUCUCUCUCCCCCUCCAUCUCUCUCCCCCUCCAUCUUUCUCUCUCUGCAGGUUCUCCAGGAUGGAUUGACCACCUGAGCAUGGCAAUCUUGGGCGCUGCUCCUGCUGCUUGGGUGGGCACAUGAUUGGAUCAGUCCUCACCACCGGCCGCUAGGCUCACACUCCUGCCAAGAUUCCAGCACGCGCAUGCACACGCGCUACGGAUUUCGAUCGAUAGACUACUGGUGAACCAGCAGAUUCAGGGAAGCUAGUGAAGGAGAGCUAGCAGCAUGGAUCACCACCAUCACCACCACCACCACCAUCAUCACAUGAUCCCUGGACAGGAGCCGUCGGCCGGGGACGGUGCACCCCAGGACAACUUCUUCCUCGGCCCCGCCGGCGUCGGCAUCUUCGGUGGCGUCGGCGGCGCGUCGGGGGCUGGCUCGUCCUCGUCGGGCGCUGCGGGGGGCGCCGGGACCUCGGCGGGUGGCGGCGGAGGGGGAGGCCCGUCGCCCUCGGGGUCGUCGCCGUCGCUGAGCCGGUACGAGUCGCAGAAGCGCCGGGACUGGAACACGUUCGGCCAGUACCUGCGGAACCACCGGCCGCCGCUGUCGCUGUCGCGGUGCAGCGGCGCGCACGUGCUGGAGUUCCUCAAGUACAUGGACCAGUUCGGCAAGACCAAGGUGCACACGGCGGUGUGCCCCUUCUACGGCCACCCCAACCCGCCGGCGCCGUGCCCGUGCCCGCUCCGCCAGGCCUGGGGCUCCCUCGACGCGCUCAUCGGCCGCCUCCGCGCCGCCUACGAGGAGAACGGCGGCACGCCCGAGAUGAACCCCUUCGGCGCGCGCGCCGUCCGUCUGUACCUGCGUGAGGUCCGGGAGACGCAGGCGCGGGCCAGGGGUAUCAGCUACGAGAAGAAGAAGCGCAAGAAGCCGUCGUCGUCUACGUCCGCCGCCGCCGGGCCGUCGUCCGAGGGGAGCCCGCCUCCCGGCCCGUCCGGCAGCGGCGGAGGCGACACGUCGGCGUCGCCACACUUCAUCAUGCCGUGACCGUACCGUGAGUUUUCCCUAGCUAGGUGAUCCAUCUGAGCUAGCUAGCCGCCGCGCGCAAGUUCUCUCCUUCUUGGGAUGCCAGUGCUGCUGGUUCAUCAACUACGCCAAGGCCGCCAUUGUUCUUUAUUACUUGCCUUCCCAAUUGGCUUCUUGCAUUUUGCAAAGGAUUUCUCUCCUCCUUAAUUUCCAUUUGUUUCACUUCAAGUAAGGUCAUUCGUGACGAGUACUAAUUUGUUGCUGUUAAUUCUCUCUAGCUUGGGAUCAAUUGGUAGCUGUUUGAUUUUGUU